AUGCUACGUGAAGCGGAACGUCUCGGUCACGCUGAGCUACGGAUUCAACGGUCCGACACUGCUCUUACUGUUCAAAGAGCACUAACACAAGAUCACCCAACAAAUACGGAUCAACGCUCGUCCAUUUCAUUCGACCAGAAAAGAGCGAUUUUCGACGGCAAAUCUGUUGCGAAGGAAAGCUGUUACAAGGAAUUCUGGAAGCAAGCAUCUAAUCCGGUGCAAAAAUGGAAUACCGAUAGCAAUAUUAGGCGUCCAGGAACUGCUGCUGCUGCUGCUGCUGCUACUGUUGCUGCUGCUACUGCUACUGCUGCUGUUGGUGCUGCUUCUACUACUCCUACAACUGUAACAGUGGUACGCAGCAAUUCGGCAAUCUCAUCAAUGUCAGCGCCAGGAGUCGUC